GUAAAAAAAAAAAAAAGAAGCUAUUAAGUAAUCGGAUUAAAGGGGUUCUGGUUCAAAUAUGAGGUCUGGACAGCAGUCAUGCAUUCCGUCGCAAGUAAACAGCGAUAUCGGAUCUCUUUUGCCCAUUUCACUGGAAGUAAGGAAACUAGAAACACAGCCAAUAUGCCAGUUGAUCUGAAUGGGUAUUGGAAAAUGAUCUCAAAUGACAACUUCGAGGAGUACUUAAAGGCCCUCGAUGUAAAUGUUGCCAUUAGGAAAAUUGCCACCUUGUUGAAGCCCGACAAAGACAUCAGUCAUGAUGGCGACCACGUGGUCAUCAAGACCCUCAGUACCUUUAAGAACUACAACAUGGAUUUCCAUGUUGGCAAGGAGUUUGAAGAGGAUCUGUCAGGGGUGGAUGACAGAAAAUGCAUGACCACUAUCUCAUGGGAGGGAGACAAUCUGGUGUGUGUGCAGAAGGGAGAGAAAGAAGGAAGAGGCUGGACCCAUUGGGUGGAGGGGGAUGAGCUUCAUCUGGAGCUGAGAGCUUGUGGAGCUGUGUGCAAGCAGGUCUUCAAGAAAACCUAAACCAGCACUGGAAUCACAGAAUGGCGCCCCCUACCUGAGAGCUCAAGAGAGACACAGACACAAACCAACCCUGUGACAAAGAACCCUCUAAUACACUCAUCCAUCCAUCCACCCACCCAC